AUGGUGCCCACGACCAAGUUUACGGCGACGUGGUUCGCGCGACCGAGCGACGAGUCGAUCGCGGUCAUCGAGCUCCGCCGGCCCACGGUCAAGAACGCCAUCAACGAGGCCGUGUACGCCGAGCUUGACGCGCUCAUCGGCUUCUACGAAGCCCGCCCGCGCGUGCUUGCGAUCGUCCUCACGGGCGCCGGGGACUACUUUACGAGCGGCAUGGACCUCACGUCGAUGCCAACGGAGGUCCCUUCGCGCAGCGCCGCGCGCCGCUUCAUGAACCGCCUCAUCGAGUGUCCGAAGAUCCUCGUCGCCGCUGUCAACGGCCACGCCGUGGGCAUCGGCGUCACACUCCUCACGCACUGCGACGUCGUGUUUGCCGUCGAGUCGGCCACGUUCUGGACGCCGUUCAUGCGUGUCGGAAUCGUGCCCGAGUUCGGCUCGAGCUACCUGUUCCCAAAGAUGCUCGGCCCGAUGCUCGCCAACGACAUGCUUUUGCGCUCUAAGCGAGUGCAAGCGGCGAGAGCGCACGCAGGGGGGCUCGUGACCGAGCUCUUUCCCGUCGCCGGAUUCAUGGACAAGGUGGUUGGCGAGGUGGCUACCAUGGUCGACCAACCAUGCGCGGACGAGAGCCUCCUCGUGUUCAAGCGACUCGUCAAGGAAGGCAAGGGCAUUGAGAAGGCCAAGGUUCUUGCUGCGAUCGAGCGCGAAUACGUGGACAUCGACGCCCGUUUUGAGAGCGGGUAUCUCGUGGAAGCUGCGGUCAAGCAGUUUAUGGCGGCCAAAGCUGGCACCAGCAAGCUCUAA